CUCAACAUCUCAGAGAGCCGAAGAGAAUUUGAGAAGAAGAAGAAGAUGGGGAAGGUACCUGUGAGGAUGAAGGCGGUGGUCUACGGGCUGUCUCCGUUUCAGCAGAAGGUGAUGCCGGGUCUCUGGAAAGAUCUGCCGUCCAAGAUCCACCACAAGAUCUCGGAGAACUGGCACAGCGCUAUCUUCGCCGUCGGACCCGUCGUCGGAACCUAUGCGUAUGUCCAGAACUACAAGGAAAAGGAGAAAUUGGAGCAUAGGUUCUGAUGUGAUGUUUUCAGUAAAGCAGCUGUUGAAAUUGCCUGAAGAAUCAUAUUUUUUCGUGUUCCUCUUGCAAAUAAGUUGAGUUCUUAGGUUUUUGGCUUCUGUUUGAGUUGGUUUCAGUGUUAAGCUAUGGUACACUGGGAACUCCAGUUCCUUUCUUGACUUGUACCAGUUACCGUGACAAUUUUUUUGGGCAGUGCUAGACCUUGAAUGAGUUUAGCGCCUGCUGAGAGAAUAAUGAUUAAAAAUCCUUGGGCUUGCCUGCACAUUGCAGUACAGCCAAUUACAUAAUGAAAUUCUGAUAUUGAAAUAAUGAAAUUCGUUGUUUAUCCUAUGUUUAUUUCUCAAUUCCUAGUCCGAUAAGGUCAUGAAUUGAACAUGCUACCAUAAAAAAUGUCAUACCAGAAGCUCUUUGGUCCAUUACAGAAUUCUAUAGUUUCCAAACUAUCUCAUUUGGGGUGACAAAAGAAAAUAAAAAAUGGAAAAAGAAGAGUUCAAUGAUUAACGAAGUUCUGGGAAACAAAUCCGUUUUGAACGAGAUUCUUGGAGACAAAUCUAUUAAAACGGGGGAACUGGAGAAGAG